AUGCUCACUGUAUUCCUGCUCACAGCGGUCUGUCUACUGUUAUUUCUUAUUUACAGGCGCCGCUAUGACCACACUCUUCUUCUCAAUUGCGGAUUUCCUAUAUUACCUGCACGUCAUCUUAUUUUCGAAAAUAUUGACGUAUUCCAAUCUCCCACAGCUAUAUUCACGUUCGGUCACUUAGCUAAACACUAUGGACCCGUCUUUGGGGUUAUGCAGGGAGGAUUACCCACGGUGGUCACCAGUGACGUGGAAGUAAUUCGCAGUAUUUCACUCAAAUUUUUUAGCAAUUUCCAUGCUAAAAUGCCAGUUCCAAUUGAUCCUGAUCCGGUAUCUGCCGAGAACGUGCAUAUGUUUGCAUCCAGAGGGGAACGUUGGAAAAGGAUGCGAACAAUUACAAGUCAAGCAAUGGCUGCGAAAAAUAUGAAACAGCUCUUCCCAAUUGUCGAAGAAUCCGUAUUUAGCUUCUUGAGCUAUGUGGAAAGGCUUCCUCUCCGUAAAGCUGUGGAAGCUCACAAACUUUUUCAAAAUCACACUUCUGAUGUUCUUGCCCGAUGUGCGUUCGGUCAAACACAGUCUCUUCAUCAUGAUAAUUUAUAUCACAGAAUUUUCUCGCAAGCUUUUGGAAAUGAACCGAAUCCUUCAACAUUUUGCUGGAGUACUGCAUCGUUAUGCUUCCCUGCACUUGCGGGAAUGUUGCGAGGAUUCAAAAAAUGUGCAGAGACAGUUCCAAGAAGAAUAGCAGGCACUGUGUCACCAAUUAUGAUGUUCUCUGAUCACCUUGCAAGACUGAGAAAUGAGCGGCAGCCUAAUGCUGAAAAUUGUGAUUUCCUCCAAUUCUUCAAAAAUGCAGAAGAUGAAAAUUUCAAAGGAUUUCUGACCGAACACGUUUCCGGCAAAGUCGAUGUGAGCUCUAUUCGGAUUGAAAAAACGAUGGCACCAGGUGAAACUAUCGCACAAUGUCGAUUCAUAGCAAUUGCUGGUUUUGACACUACAGCAAACACGCUCGCUUUGGUUUGUGAUCUACUAGCCAAAAACGAGGAAAAACAAGCACUGCUUUUGGAGGAGAUUGACGCAGUAGAGAAUUUCACAUAUGAAAAUAUACAAUCGAUGGAAUAUCUUCAUAAUUGCAUCUUUGAAACGUUGCGUCUGUAUCCGCACGCAUCACCUCUUCAACAUCGUCUCUGCAUGGAGGACUGCAACGUGGAAUCAUAUCAUUUUCGAAAAGGUGUUUGCAUAGUUAUUGAUCCAUGGGCAGUUCAUCAUAAUCCUAGAAUUUGGGGAGAUGAUGUGGAAGAAUUUCGUCCAGAGCGCUUUCGAACAUUGACAAACGAACAACUUCGAGCUUUCAUGCCAUUCGGAUUGGGUCCACGACAAUGUGUUGGAAUGCGAUUCGCAUUGAUGGAAAUGAAGCUCACAUUAUGUCUUUUUCUCUCCAAAUAUAAGUUAUGUAAGAAGGAUCGUAAAGAUAAGAUAACUAUGACUCUGAGAGAUACUGGAACAGUUUGGCCUAAAGAGGUUCUCGUACAACUGGAAGAAAGGCAGUGA